GUUUGCUUCUGGAGAUGCCAAGCUGAGCUGCAGUGAGGACGACAAGGAACAUUUUCAAUUCAAAGACAUCAGGGAUGGGUUCAGCUCAACAUUUGAGAAGAUUGUUGAGUCUGACCUUAUGAAGGGUACAUACUACAGCAGCCUGGACUCUUUGGACGUCCUCUCUCUCACAGACGAGACAGACAGCUGUGUCAGUUUUGAGGCCCCACUCACCCCAUUGAUCCAGCAAAGGGUCAAGGAGAGCCCAGAGCUCUUGGAGCAGAAACUGGUAGCCCAGCAGAGAGAGACCCUUCACCACAUGGCUACUGAUAAGCAAGAGCAAGCAGCAGCAAAGCCAGUGGAGGGGGAUUUCGGGAGCCCUCUCAGGCACUCAAUUACCAGCAGCAGGUCAGAGAACGUGCUGAGCCGGUUGUCCUUGAAGAGUAUCCCAAAUGGGUUCCAUGUGGAAGGGUCGGAGGAAGAUGCUACCAAGAUCAUUAACUCUAUCAGCGACGCCAGCUUGCAAGACGCGCUGUCAGACUCCGACUCUGACAUGGGCAGCACGGAGCAGCUCGACCAGGGCAGCACGGACACGUUGGCAAACGGCUGCAGGGCGGAUAGCGAGGCUGCCAAGAGGCUGGCCAAGCGUCUCUACAACCUCGAAGGCUUCAAGCGCUGCGAUGUGGCACGCCAGCUCGGGAAGAAUAACGAAUUUAGCAAGUUGGUAGCAGAGGAGUAUCUCAGCUUCUUUGACUUCACUGGCCUGACCCUUGACAAAGCACUCAGGACAUUCUUGAAAGCAUUCCCUCUGAUGGGAGAAACCCAGGAGCGGGAGCGGGUGCUGAUUCAUUUCUCCCGGCGAUACUGCCAGUGCAACCCAGAAGAGAGCACGUCUGAAGAUGGGAUUCAUACGCUCACCUGUGCCCUGAUGCUGCUAAACACAGACCUUCAUGGCCACAAUAUUGGCAAAAAGAUGUCGUGUCAACAGUUCAUAGCAAACCUGGAUGGGCUGAACGAUGGGAAGGACUUUGCAAAGGAUUUGCUGAAGACACUGUAUAAUUCCAUCAAGAAUGAGAAGCUGGAGUGGGCCAU